ACAAAGCUCCGGCCUCCAUGCAGACUAAACUGUAUUUCUUAUUCAAUAAAUUGUGUUUGUCCUGGGUGGAUGUUUGACAUGCCUGUGACAUCUGAUCAAACUGAGUCCCAUCUAUUUCUGUACCAGCUUGGUGUGGGGUGGGACUCUGCAGAGCUGGUCUCUCAAGCACCGCAACUGACAUGGUUGUUUAGAACAGACUGAAUUGUCCAGGUGCUGCCUUCAUGGAUCUGUAUGAUAGCAGAGGAGGAGGACUGAGUGUGAUCGCAGAGGAAGCCGAGCACCAGGAGUUAAGCAGAGAGUCGACAGCCAUGGAGACCCACAAUAUGGCUGCAGACAGGGAAGGGAGGGGCGCCCCCAAUGUUUCCACCUUCCAGAGGUUUUCUGUUGACACCAACGAGUCCCUUCAUUUCGAUCCCUGUGAGAACAGCUCUCCAUCCCCCACCGGGGCGGAAGAUGGACAAGAUGACCGUGACGAUGUGUUUAAGGAGGAAGAAACUGAGGAUGAGAUCAUCAUGAUCAGGAAUCAGCUGCAAGGAAAAGUUGCUGAGAUGGAGAAUUUUGCAGGUCAUCUGGAAGAAAUCUUUCUCACUGUGGAGGACAAUUUUGGCCGUCAGGAGCAGCACUUGGAGCAGCACUACAACGAUGUGCUGCAGACGCUGUCUCAGCGCUAUGAUGAGAGAGCGGCUGGACUGGAGGAGGAGAAGAAAAACAAGCUGGAAGAGCUGUACAGUCAGCUUUUGAACUGUGGCCGAGCAAUGGACGCAUCCAAGGAGCUGAUUGAGAAAGCCCAGGAGAUCUACCGCUACCAGGACAAGAGGCUGUUCCUGAAGACAGUCAUGCCCGCCAUUCAAAGAAUUGAGGAGUUUGCCAAAGACGAGGUCGACCUGACGUUGUCCACUAAUCUUGAAUUUAACACGCCACUUGCUGACCUGUCAGAUGUCAAAACCAUGAUGGACUCAAUCAAUGUCGUUCCAGCCCCAUCUGCCCCAGUCAUCAACCCGCAGAUGCCCAACUCUGCCACCCAGACGUCGCUGCGUGUGUGCUGGAGCCUGUUCUCGGACGAUACGGUGGAGUACUACGAGCUGUACUACCGGCCGGUUUUGGAGGACACACUCGCAGAUGGCACCUGUGCGCCACACGUCAGCAAGGUGAACGUGAAGGAGACCCACUGCACUGUGACAGAUCUGCUGCCCAACGCUCAGUAUGAGCUGUGGGUGACGGCGACCAAUACCACCGGCAUCAGCCCCGCAAGCGAGAAAGCUUUAUACAUGACAGUGCCGUCGCCUCCUGUCAUCAAGCAGCGGGAGUGUUCCAGCUGUCCAGAGGCGGCUCUGAUCCGCUGGCAGUCCGGAAACACCGACCCGGUGGACUCCUACACCGUGGAGCUCAGUGAGAUGGCCGCUGACGGCCCGGAGAGCAGCGUCACCGAGUCUAUCGUGGCCGUGCCCACCUGUCAGUGUCUGAUCCAGCUGCAGGCAGGCCGGCGGUACCUCAUCGCAGUGAGAGCCGUCAACAUCGGUGGGCCCAGCGACAAGAGUGAAGUUAUCACCAUCUCCACCACAGGUACUCUCUUCUACCUGUUGGAGGACACUGCUCACCCUUGCCUGUCUGUCUCUGAAGACGGCUUUACCAUCUUCUAUGGAGACGAGGAACUGCCCAUAAGCGCCAUGGCCUUGGACGACGAAAACACCUUCACCAGAUGUGUUGCCGUUCUGGGAGAUCUCAUUCCAGUGCGGGGCCGACAUUACUGGGAAGUUGAGGUCGAUGAUGGGACAGAGUUUCGAAUCGGGGUCGCAUAUGAGGACACGGAGAGGAGCUCGUACCUCGGGGCCAACAGUACCUCCUGGUGUAUGAGACACAUCCUCAGUCCGUCCAGACAUAAAUAUGAGUUUCUACAUAAUGGCUGGAGUCCAGAUCUGAGGAUCACAGUGAACCCGGUGCGGAUCGGAGUGGCGCUGGACUACGAGAGGGACACUCUGUCCUUCUUCAACGUGAACCUGGAGCAACACCUCCACACCUUCCGCUGCCGCUUCCAGAGCUACGUCCAGCCCUGCUUCAGCCUGGACAACCCGGGAGCCCUCACCGUGCACAACGGCAUCCAGGCGCCCGCGUACGCCUUCAUGUGACGCCGGAAACCAAAUCCACAGUGCUUCAAAACAUCAGCGACAGAAAACCCACAACUUCGUUCUUUUUUAAAUUGGUUUUUAUUAUAGUAUUCCAUGGGAACAGGCAUACACCAUUUUCCAAGAUAAGAAAAGGCUCAAUUGAAUUGUACAAUAGGUAUUUAAACCAUCUGUAACUGCAGCAGACCCUUCAAAAAACAAACAAAAAAAAAAAAUAGAAACAAGAAGCUUGUUUUGUUCAUUAAGAAAU